GCGGCGCUAUCGGCCGGUGGCUAAAUGGACCCCCCUCCUCCUCCUCCUCCUCCCGAGCAAGACACACAGUCGCAUUCACACGGGCGUCAUCGCGGGCCCACCGCUACUCCGCGAGACCACCGUACUUAUGUGGGACCACUCGCGUCACAUGUACUCAUAAUAGCACCGGCAUGCCGACAGAAUUCGCCAGUCUGGAGCUUGGGAAGACAAGAAUAUGUACAUGUCUUCGAACGGGACCGCUUCUUCCUCUUGGAACCGCGUCCUGUGAAGUCAUGUCAGCGUCAAGAGUGGGAGAAAGACAACGGGCUAUUGAAAGGCUAUUGAAAGGCCCAAGAUGUCAUGCGAAAGGGCGGCCGCUUGCUCAUUCGCAGCGCAUUCCAUUCUAUCGGGCCGAUAAAGGGGCGUCAUGCCGUCCUGGAGGGCGCAUAUAGCUGGCAUCGUCUUGAGCAUGUCCUUUCUGUCUCUCCUCAGGAGCUUCACCACGAGAUCCAUCGCACCCAACUCGCGGUCCAUCAUGUCGUCCCUUACGCUCACCCUGAACGACGGUAACAAGAUCCCUUGGCUGGGUUUCGGUACGGGUACCGCGCUCUACUCCAAGGACGCGGAGGACGCGGUCCGCCAGGCCAUCCAAAUCGGCGUUGUUCACCUCGACGGCGCGCAGGUGUACAACAACGAGGAGUCCCUCGGCGUUGGCAUCGCCACUGCGGGGAAACCUCGCUCGUCGCUCUUCAUCACCACCAAGCUGAACCUCAUCCCGGCGGGGCAGACGGUCCGCGACACGCUCGUUGCGUCUCUGAAGAAACUGCAGACGGACCACGUCGACCUCUUCCUCAUCCACUUCCCUAUCAAUCACCAGACACCUCUGCCUGAGAUCUGGGCGCAAUUCGAGGAGAUUCAGAAGGAGGGACUGGCGAAGUCUAUUGGUGUCUCUAACUUCCGCGUGAAGGACUUCGAGGAGAUCCUACCGACGGCGAAGGUCAUUCCGGCGGUCAACCAGGUGAGUAGCGCGCCGAUGCCGGACUUGAUCGAGUACCAUCCUUACGUCUUCAAGGCCGAUCAACCUGUGAUCGAGUUUAUGAAGAAGCACAACAUUACCCCAACGUCAUAUGGUGGCUUGACGCCCAUUGUGCGCUUCAAGGGUGGUCCAGUCGACCCGGUGCUCGCAUCUGCUGCCGCACGACUGAGCAAGGAGGCCGGCACCACCGUUACAGAGGGACAAGUCCUGCAGCUCUGGUUGAGGUCGAAGGGCAUUCCUGCCAUCACGACGAGUUCGAAAGCAUCCCGCGUCAAGGAGUACUUGGCUGCGGAGACGCUUCCUGAUCUCACUCCGGGGGAAAUUGCCGCCAUUGAGCAGGAGGGCUCGAAGGUUCAUCACCGCGUCUUCGCGAAGUUCUUCGACUCGUGAAGUGUAUCUGGAGAGAAGUAUUACCGAAGAGUUGUACGCUAGUCAUGCAUCCUGAAUGUGUUGAAUACCAGAGACCUCCGAACGUCCGCGCGGCCCAAUUGCCGGUGGCGAAUGUCUCGUACGCUGUCGUCUGGCACAUGUAAUCCAUGAGUCCUUCGGUUUCCAAGACUUACACGCAUUCUGCAAGUCAGAAUAUAUCUGUUGAAUGACGACAAGA